UGGCUGGGCUGCCGUCAUGACAUCACAUGUGAUGUGGCGGUGCGCUCUCGAUUCGCGUAGAUCGUUCGUCACCCAAGACAAGACAAAGGCGAAUUUCCAAGCGCGCGCCAACACAUAAAUCGCCAUCCCUCGUUUUCCUUUGAGCUGGGCGGCCUCUUGUUCCAGACUAGAAUAGUUAAAUAGCUGAAUCCCCAUCUGCCGCAUCUGCGAACAAGCCAUACCCCCCCGAAUACAUAUAACAAAACUCCAAAAUGUUGGAAUACUUGACCUACAAAAAGAUCAAGAAGAACAGAGCGGAGAAGGCGGCUGCUGCUGAGGAGACUGCGAAGAAGACCGAAGCUGGAUCUUCGGUAGACCCAUCCUACGGACAUGUACCGGAUUUCAGCAACGAUGCAUCUCGUGCAUCAGGUCAUCAACACAGGCGGCGAAGUACGCAGCAUAGCAUCAGCUCCAAUACCCCUCCUUUGAGCCCAGUCCUCGACCGCGACGAUGAGGCCUGGCUGCAAAGUAUCCUGGAAGACGAUGGCCCAGCUCCGCCUUUGCCGCCACGCAUCAACACCCCUCAGAUCGACCUCUCGUCCGCAUCUGAGAGUGAGAUAGAGGCUGUAAAGGCCUUACAAGAGCCCAAGAGUAAAAAGGACAAGAAGAAGGAAAAGAAGGAAAAAGAGAAGGAGAAGCACGACAAACAGCCAAGCCGUCUAACGGCUUUAUUCACGAGACACAAGAAACCACAGGAUGGCCUUAAGCCAGAAGAUAACGUCGCGCCACCGGAAGCCGAACGUGAGGAGCAGGACCUUGGUAACGUUCUCGACCGCCUGAACCUCCAAGCAAAGAACAAUAAGAUCGUCUCUCUCUCCAACGAGUCAUCCGAGCUCCUGUCCCGUUUCACACAAGUAUUUAAGGAUCUAGCCAACGGCGUGCCGACAGCAUACGGUGACCUCGCAAGCCUAGUUGAAGAUCGCGAUGGUGCCAUCAAUCGCGGUUUCGAAAAACUGCCCUCAUCUCUCAAGAAGCUUGUUACCCAGCUUCCAGAUAAGCUUACAUCCUCCCUGGCGCCCGAGCUCUUGGCGGCGGCAGCGGAAAGCCAGGGCCUCAAGGCGAAUACUGAAAAGGGCGUUAAGGAUGCCGCUAUCGACCUCCUCAAGCCAUCGAAUUUGACCGAUCUAGUCACAAAGCCAGGGGCUGUUGUUGGUAUGCUCAAGGCUAUCGUCAACGCAUUGAAGGUCCGGUGGCCUGCAUUCAUCGGUACAAAUGUUAUAUGGAGCGUUGCUCUAUUUUUAUUAAUGUUUGUACUUUGGUAUUGUCACAAGAGAGGCCGCGAGGUGCGACUGGAGCGUGAGAAAUCUGCAGCUGAGACACCUGUUGAUGGUAGCGAUCGUAUCGAAGAGCUUCCAGAUGACCCUCUUCUUCCAGGGCCGGAGGCGGCGGCGGCGAGUCGUAAUGCUGACCGGGCAAUACUUGGAGAUCCUGUUUCCCCUUUGUCUGAGCCAUCCCCGAUCCCUGCUGUAGUCGAGCCAGCCUCGCCGGAGGAACCGGUUCGUCGUCGUUGAGACGGUGCCUGGACAGGACUUCCGUCGGUAAGCAGGUUGAUAUAUGGUGACGAGCAGUAAUUACGACAUGGUUUAUGACGAAAUGAGAAUGGAGCCUCGGGGCAGUGCGAUACCAGCUUUUACUAUUGAUGGACAUGGUAUGAAUAAUAAACUUGAUUUCUGCUUUUUCACAGUGGGUAUCUUUUGUAGGUUGAGAUGAACAUCUCUUCUCGAGGCUUUCGUGGCUCAGCUAUUGAACAUCAUCUGGAUAGAAAGAGACAACAUAUUUUGCUACGCUUCAAUCGUCUUGGACCACUUCCUUGAUCUCUUCUCGCCCAGGAGCCAUGGCGACGGCUUCACUCUUGUCGCUCACACCUUGGCGAUCUGUUGCCCCGCCCCCAUCUUUGGACCAAAAGUCCACCUCAUCAAUGAUGUCCCAGACAAUAUCCUCUGCAAUUUGGUCAGAAUAACGCUCGCUCACAGGGUGCAUCUUGUUCAAGCGAGCGUUGCCUGACCAGACCUUAUCAGGUUUAUCUUCGAUCUCGGCUGGGGGAGGAUACCAAAAGUCGGGGCCGAAAUUUACCUCCACGGCGCCUCCAUGGAAGACACUUACGGCAGGGUAGUAUCCGAGCAUGCCGUCAUCAAGGCCUUCGCGACCGCCAGCUUGGCCAUGAGGACGCGAAGCUGGUGGAAGGAAGCCAAGGAGAUUCUCGAACGGAGUUCCCAUUAGAACCCCAUUCUUGUACACGCGGAUGCAAGAAUUGGGAAGCGUGCGGAGACUUGGAAGAGGGUGAUUAGGACCAGGUUCCUCUGAAGAGCCACCGCCAGCCCCUGCCGGAUUCAUAAGAUCUUCCAAUUCUUUGGCGGGGGAGUACUCGCUCUUCUCGAAAUAAGUAUGCGAUUUGAAGCGUAUGGGAUAGCGAUCGCGGACAAUGUUAUGGCCUUCAGCGGUGGCCGCAGGUUCCUCGUCGGUCUGAUCAACAACUGGAUUAUACUGCCCAAACAUGACCUUGCGGUGCAAUUGUUCUGAUGGAAGUUGAAUCUCGAGGCCGAUGAUAUCACCCUCUCGAAUGCCUUCUCCUGCAGGAAAGAAUUCCUUAGGACGGGACAUAUGUACUUUCUCUCCCGCAACAUCACGAAGGCCAUAGCUGUAAGCAUCGAACCCCACGGGCGCAUCAAGUGAAGCCUCUCGUCUUGCCCAACCUACGCGGACAUGCUUGCCUCCUUCCGGCUUGGACUCUCCGUCUUUUGGUGGUCGAACUCCUUGUGUGAUUUUGCAUUCCCAGUACCAUCUGCCCUCCCUGACAGCCACGUUGGCCCUUGCCAUGCGAAAUCCUUUUUCGGUUGUGACGUGACGAGCCGACUUAUCAAAAUAAACAUGCCCUGCUGAGUCCUCGAAGCUCAAGUGGGGACCGUAUGGCUCUGGUUCUGUGCUUCGGUAGUAGAUCAUGGACGGAAAGAGAGGAUCGGCGAUGCAGGGAGUAUAGCGGAAGCUCUUCUUAUUAGAGACACUUUGACAGUUAGCUUGAAGGUAUUCAGCAGAUAUAGUCUUGGCUUACUGAUCCGAUGUUUCAAAGAAUUCGACCGUUUGGCCGUCAGGGGCAGUGACCUCGUGGUGUGCCGUCAAGACAGGACCUCGAGGAGGGUUGAAGUUGGACAGUUUAGGCUGCCCCAAGUUGUAUCGUAAUGGGCUCGAAUCGCUUUGUUUCUUCUGUGGCUUCGACUUUGGUUUUGGAUCAGGUGUCGCACGAACACUAUCGCUUCCUUUGGCCUCGCGUUUCUUUAGAGUAUCCUUCUUUGCUCGCGCAGACUUGGAUCUAGAAUUCUGAGCAGGAUCUUCAGGUGCCAAAGAGUCGGGAGGCCUGACUUCGGGGUUCAGUGGCGAGGGAACGACAGGACUGUGACGGCCUUCUUCAAGGGGGCGCUUUUGAGGAACCGAGGAUAAAGGAAGAGUGGGUGUUGGCUCUCUUUUGGGAGAGCUCCCGAGGUCGGACGCCAUCACCAAAGGGAAUGACUGAGUCGUUGGCGAUAUUGCAUAGAAGUAGAUAAAAGUACAGAAUUGAUGUCGAGUGACACGAGACGAUUCUAAGUGAUGCGACGAUGCGGCGUGACAACCAGACUGCUACUGAUGCUGAUCGUUCUUGGGAACAAUCAACAAAGCUAAGUAGCUAAAGGUACUGAUCGAUAAGGAAGUAACCAUGAGCAUGGGUGAGAUAAGAUAAGAUAAAAACGAG